UGACUGGCCAAUGGUCUUUUUCUUGGCCUAGAAGGGCGCAGGGAGCUGAAGGUAACCGAGUGGCAGCGAUCGAGUCCCGGCGAAGUCUGUCGCGGAGUCACCGUGAAAAACACCAACAGCCACAAAAUGCCGAAUAAAACUAAAAAGGAAAAGGAGCCAACCAAAUCUGCCAAAAGUAGCACUAAAAACAGUAAUGCCACUAGUGGGAAAGACGCAGGAACUGAAAAUGCAGAUGAGGCGCAGCAGCAGCAAACUGCCAGCAAGCGUCCCAGCAACAGCACCCCACCACCCACUCAGCUCAACAAGAUCAAAUACUCUGGCGGUCCCCAGAUCGUCAAGAAGGAGCGUCGCCAGAGUUCGUCACGAUUCAACCUCGCCAAGAACAGAGAGCUGCAGAAGCUUCCUGCCCUCAAAGAUGCUCCCCUUGUUGACCGGGAGGAGCUGUUUGUGCAGAAGCUGCGGCAGUGCUGCGUGCUCUUUGACUUUGUCACGGACCCUCUGAGCGACCUGAAGUACAAGGAGGUGAAGCGUGCUGGCCUGAAUGAGAUGGUGGAGUACAUCACGCACAACCGCGAUGUGGUCACCGAGUCCAUCUACCCAGAGGGUGUGAUCAUGUUUUCAAUCAACUUGUUCAGGACCCUACCACCAUCCUCCAACCCCACAGGGGCUGAGUUUGACCCAGAGGAGGACGAGCCCACACUGGAGGCUGCCUGGCCACACCUACAGCUGGUGUAUGAAUUCUUCUUACGAUUCCUGGAGUCCCCUGAUUUCCAGCCUAAUGUCGCUAAAAAAUACAUUGACCAAAAGUUUGUACUGUCUCUCCUGGAGCUGUUCGACAGUGAAGACCCCAGGGAGCGGGACUUCCUGAAGACCAUCCUCCACAGGAUCUACGGCAAGUUCCUGGGCCUCCGGGCCUACAUCCGCAGACAGAUCAACAACAUAUUCUACAGGUUUAUAUAUGAAACGGAGCAUCACAAUGGAAUCGCAGAGCUCUUAGAAAUCUUAGGAAGCAUAAUCAACGGCUUUGCCCUGCCAUUGAAAGAGGAGCACAAAAUGUUCCUGAUCCGAGGGCUGCUGCCGCUUCACAAAGUGAAGUCACUCAGCGUCUACCACCCCCAGCUGGCAUAUUGCGUUGUGCAGUUCUUGGAAAAGGACAGCAGUCUAACUGAACCGGUGAUCAUGGGCCUGCUGAAGUUCUGGCCUAAGACCCACAGCCCCAAAGAGGUGAUGUUCCUCAACGAGCUGGAGGAGAUCCUGGACGUCAUCGAGCCCUCUGAGUUCGUCAAGAUCAUGGAGCCGCUGUUCAGACAGCUGGCCAAGUGUGUGUCCAGUCCACACUUCCAGGUGGCAGAGAGGGCGCUGUACUACUGGAACAACGAGUACAUUAUGAGCCUGAUCAGCGACAACGCAGCCAAGAUCCUCCCCAUCAUGUUCCCUGCUCUCUACAAGAACUCCAAGAGCCACUGGAACAAGACAAUCCAUGGGCUGAUCUACAACGCCCUGAAGCUCUUCAUGGAGAUGAACCAGAAGCUGUUUGAUGACUGCACCCAGCAGUACAAGGCUGAGAAACAGAAAGAGAAGUGCAAGCUGAAGGAGCGUGAGGAGGUCUGGCACAAGAUAGAGGAGCUGGCCAAGCAUAACCCACAGGUUGCCAACCUCCGACCUGGUCUCCACCCACAAGAAGAGUACAUGAUGUACAAUGAGGGUCCGGGAGGGGUGCCCUUGUACUCGAUGGAAACGGAGACGCCAACUGCUGAGGACAUUCAGCUGCUGAAGAAGACUGUCGAGACAGAGGCCACACAGGUACAACUACCAGCACACUCACAGGGGAUGAAGGACAUCAAGAAAGACAAGGUGAUGAUCCGGAGGAAGUCGGAGCUGCCGCAGGACGUGUACACUAUAAAAGCCCUGGAGCAGCACAAGAGAGCGGAGGAGUACCUGACGGCCAACGAGGAGGCCCUCUGACCAGGGAGCAGUGGCACCCCCUGCACCUACCCCCGUGUCGCAUCCAACCAGUCACCUGCUUUACGCCCCCUCUUCUCCUCCGCUUCUCCUCCCCCUCCACUCCUUCAUCCCUGCCGGAGAUCCCCAUCUGCAGAAAACCAGGGCCAUCACAGAGACGGACAAGAACACACAUAUGCGCACAUAUAGGAACAUACAGACCUACAAUAGUUCCAGCUUGCACAGAAAUGCAUACAUACUUGACUACAGUGGGCCGAUCAUUAGGUUGCACAAGGACAACAAUAACACAACAGUAGUAUGAAGUGUAAGCAUCCGUGAAGCAUGUUUCUUUGUUUCCUUUUUGGAACCCAGCAUUACCUAUAGAGGGCAGUAGAUUGUGAUUGAUUCUCUUGCUAGCUUGCCUGGAGUGAGAGGGUGUGGGUAAUCUGAAUGGUUUGGUGGAUGAUGAGGCCAUGCUUUAGUCUAGCUGGAAGUCUAGUGAAAGUAGUGGUUCUGCUCUGUAAAAACCCCUAGCUGUCAGGUCAUGCCCAGGCAACAUAGUAAAUGUUGAGGAAGCAAAGUCUGUGACACAAAGCUUACAAUACAAUUUAGUAGUGCUGAGCUAUUAACCAAAAUGUUUUUUAAACAACUAAUUGACCGAUAUCGGUUCUAUUAUUUGAAUUCCAUUUCUUUCGAUUUUUUUCUGUAAGCUCAAUGUGUAGUUUUUCUAGAGAAAUCAGAUCAAUCCCAGACUGUACGAUAUGGUAGGGAGUUGUAGUUGCCAACAGGCCAGUAUUCUACAUAGUUUAGCGUGGAAAAUGUGGUAAUUACCUACAAUGACCAUAAUUCACUGAAAAUACAUGAUCUAAGUAAUUGAUAGUUGGUAUUCAGCAGUCAUAAAAGUAUGCCUUAUUUACUUUGAAGAACUAUUAAAAUAUUAAUUUUGUCAGACAGCAUAGCUCUAUAGGGAUGAGAUUAUGACUUAGAAUGAAAUAAUAAAGUAAUCAAAUAAAACAAAUGUAAUAUACACAACUGAAAUAUUUUAUUAAAGUAAUGUGAAUAAAUUAUGGUUAAUAAGUGAUAAGCAGCACUGGGCAGUCAUUGCCAUCAUGGGACUUUUAUUCAUGAUUUUUAUUCUGUGUUACAGCAUUCAACAAACUAGUUCUGAGGAUUAAGUGCUUUUUGAAUUUUGGUUUCGAUUAUUUAUUUCAAUAUUAAAUUAAUUAUGAAAUAAUUACAUUGCAAUGAUUUUAGAGCUUUUUGAUGGAAAUUCCAAACAUUAAAUUGCCAAAACAUUGAAAAUAUUCCAGUGUCUCGACAUCAAUAAAAAAUAGGACAUUUCUAUGAAAUAAUAAAAUAUUUCAGUUUGUAUUUGAUUACUUUAUUAUUUUUCAUUCCUCAGAGUCAUCAUCUCAUCUCUGCUUAGGCAGUAGCAGCCAGCCAGGCCAUCUAGUGUUAUCUAUGUGCUCCCCAUACUGUACUCUCUUCAGUCAUCUUAAUUAGCGAGCCUGCCUAAAGUAUGCUUCAGAGCUGACUGGCAAAAUAUAUUUUUUUACUAGUUCUUCAAAGUAGAUAAGGCAUACUUUCACGAACUGUCUCUGUCCCUCUCAUUGUUUUGUUCUGUACAUUCCUCUCUCUUAAAAGUGUAUCUGUAAAAGUGUAUCCGUCCAGAGAUCUGUAUAUAAUGACGAGAUGUUCAUGUCGCCACCCAAACAAUGUCAUUGUCCCAAAGGCGGGAAAGCAGACGACAAGCGUUGGUUCAAAAUAUUGGGCAGAUUUUGGCGCCAGUGAUACCUUUCAUUCCGCCUCUUCCUCUCUUAUCCGUCUCUGUCCGAGCUGGAAAAAACAGGUGCGAUGGAUUGUGGUUAUUGUAGUUAAUUACCACGUUUCUGCAAUGAACUAGGUUGAACAUUUGCUUAAGGAAAACUACAACUCCCUUCAUCCCAGCGUCCCACAUAGUUCUUGACUUGAGUUCUCUCGUGAAUGGUUUGAUUUCCCACUAGAGAAAUGGUGCGUUGGGCUCACAAAGAACUGUAAUUGAACUGAUGCCGGUCAAUUAGUUGAUUAAUAACCGGAGAGAAAAAAAUGAAAUGUUGGUUAAUCGCUCAGCACAACAACCCACAUAAUGUAUAGAGCAUUUAAACCGUGAUUAUUUUUUCAUAACCAAACCAACCUCAAAAAGCACUAAUCGUUCAGCACUAUAACUUAGACAAGGCAAUUAAAUAAAAUGAGAGAGCACUAGGAAUCAAGAUGGCUGACUUUAUCUUAAUUUAAUUAUUUACUCUAUGUCAGUCUCUUCCACGAGACUGUUUUGCUCACGUUUUAGUACUGUAAGUGUAUCUUCGUCACCUCUUUGCAGAGUAAAAUCAUGGCCUUACACCGUCUGUUGAAUUGCAUUUUCC